UCGCUCACAAACUAUUUUGGCAAGUGGACAAUUAUAUCUGGUCCUCGUCCGGAGAUCUGAUCCUACUUCCGGAAUGAAACGGAGGAAGCCGAAGACCUACACCGAGCUAGAGGACGGACAGACAGAUGAUCGGAUGGAGGGAAGCUGCGCUCCCACAGCUGUUAUCUCCUCCGGACACUGCGCUGUUGGAGGCAAAGAGGAGGCUGAAGUAGAGGUUUUUUAUCAGGGGAAGCUCGGAGUCAGUUUAAUUCGUUUUAGGAGCGGAAGAGUAAAACUUAUCAGCGCAUGAUGGGAUGAGUGAGACAUGCGAGGAGGAUGCUGAUCCGGUGAUGACAGAGUAUCGUGACAGGGCUCAGAGGUUUUACUGUGAAGUUCCCUCCUCGUGGUUCUUGCUGAGAUUAAGCAGAGGAACAAUAAUGAGGACUGCUGCAACUGCUCGGGUAUAACCAUGGUGAAGGAGAGUCUGCCCAGCUGGGUCAACCAGGACCCUGACGAAGGUCUGGUCCACGUGAAUGUCGGAGGUCUGAAGAGGAGCCUCUGUUCCAGCACCCUGAAGAAGUUCCCAGACACCAGGCUAGGAAAGCUGCUGGCGUGUGAUUCAGAGGAAGAUAUACUGCAGGUGUGUGAUGAUUAUGAUGUGCAGCAGAAGGAGUUUUAUUUCGACAGGAACCCCGGCCUGUUCCCAUACGUCCUCCACUUCUAUCAGACGGGAAAACUUCACAUCAUGGAGGAGCUGUGCGUUUUCUCCUUCAGUCAGGAGAUCGAGUACUGGGGCAUCAAUGAGUUCUUCCUGGACAGUUGCUGUAGUUACCGUUACCACGACCGCAAGCUGGAGAGCAGUCGGCAUCGCAGCUGGGAUGACGAGAGCGACGUCAGCAGCAUAGACACAUCUGUGGACGAGAUAUCCGACUUAAACAGGGACAUGCAGCAUUUCCAGAGGGUUCGAUAUGGGAACAUUAAGCAGUGUCUUUGGCUGACGCUGGAGAACCCUGGAUACUCCAUCCCCAGCAAGCUCUUCAGUCUGCUCUCCAUCGGAGUAGUGCUCACAUCCAUCGCCACCAUGUGCAUUAAUAGCAUCCCAGAGUAUCAGACUUUUGACUCUGACGGGAAGUUGAUCGAGGACCCAACCAUGCAGGCUCUGGAGGUGUUCUGCACCUGCUGGUUCACCUUCGAGGUCGUGACGCGGCUGCUGCUCGCACCGAACAGGAAGAAGUUCUUUCGUCACCCUCUGAAUAUCAUUGACCUGGUGUCUGUGGUUCCCAUCUACAUCACGCUGCUCUUUGACAUGACCGUGGGGUCGGAGUCAGAGCUGGGAGACCUGGGACGACUCAUACAGGUGUUCAGGUUAAUGAGGAUCUUCAGAGUUUUGAAGUUGGCCCGACACUCGACAGGCCUGCGGUCCCUGGGAGCGACACUGAGGCACAGCUACCGUGAGGUCGGCAUACUGCUGCUCUACCUGGCUGUCGGAGUGUCCGUUUUCUCCGGUAUCGCCUACACCGCUGAAUAUGAAGAGGACGUGGGUCUAGACACCAUCCCGGCCUGCUGGUGGUGGGGCACCGUGAGCAUGACCACUGUGGGCUACGGCGACGUCGUGCCCGUCACGGUCGCGGGGAAGCUGGCGGCCAGCGGCUGCAUCCUGGGCGGCACCCUGGUGGUGGCGCUGCCCAUCACCAUCAUCUUCAAUAAGUUCUCCCACUUCUACCGGCGGCAGAAAGCCCUGGAGGCGUCGGUCAGGAACAACCACCACAGGAAGAUGAGGAUGAGCUGCGAGAGCAAGCCAGAGCAGGAGGGGGACGACCAAGAGGACGCCAAGGGGUCGGACGGGGACAGCUGCUGUCUGGAUGACGAUGAUGACAUCGAUGACAUUGAGGAGGACGAUAUAGAUUAUGAGGACGACGGGGGAGUGAUAAACUAUAGUUACGUGGAGCAUCCGUCCUAUACAGCAAUGAUGAGGAAGAAGUAGCUGCAUCAUCUGUGAAGAGAAGACGGGGUUUACAUAUCAGAUCUAAUCUGAUCACAUUCUCCUCCAUGAUCCUUCUAAAUCAGCAAGUCGAUGUGGGUCAUAUUCAAAUUUGAGCAUGACUUCAGUUUUAGUGUGAAUUGUGAGAAAAGUGUCCAAGGGGCCAACUCACUGACCAAACCUGGAGGACAAAGACUUGGAGUGGAUGCUCCUAAAAAAAAAAAAACAAAAAAAGUCAGAGCUGGUGAGACUGUGCUGUAAAUGACUGACAUCUGAAAUCUGGGCUUCCAUGACCGACUGCUCUGACAUCAUUCAUUGUGCAUGUUGGCUGUUUUCAGGAUAUAAGUUUGUUUAUACCGUUCAUCGUCGAGCUGUUAAUUGAACAACCUAAACUGCACUGGACUGGAGUGAAGUAGCAUGCACAAGUAUAAAAUGCAGCUAAAUAAAAAAAUUAAACAAAAAAAAAAAAA